AUGCGGCCACUCAAGCUCGCCUUGAGCAUGAAGGUCAAAGAAGGAAUGCUGCCGAGCCUCGCACCGAGCAGUCAGUGUCAUCGGUGUUCAUGCAGUAUUCCGGCAUGGCGCCAACACCUGUGGCAGCUCCAGGCCGCACAAGGGGUCCUGCAGGCCACGCAAGGGGCCCGCCCGAGCACUUGGCCCUUGCAUCAAUUCAGUCCAGGCGCCAGCCGCAAGCACAGCAGUGUCCGUGCUUGGUCAGGUGCACGCACUUCGUGCCACAUCGGGGCCGCAGCGGCCGGCUGCAGUUGCAUCCCAGCAGUCUUCCCAGAACACACCACGCCCUGCCUUUCAGGGCUUUGUGUCCACGUGCACAGUGUGCUUGGAAGAGUUUACUUCCGGAGACCUGGUCUCACGCAUGAGUUGCGGUCAUGCUUCCACAGUGUGUGUCUUGGUGAAUUGGCCAUGCAAACAAGCGCAAGCUUCGAGGAAGAGUACGUGAGCUUGGAUUGCCCCAAUUGCAGAACGGCGGCCCAUGUCAUCCGAACAUGGCGUGUGCCCACUGCCCCAUCAGUUGCCUCCGAGCCUGCUGAGGAGUCAGCAAGUGCAGCCGCCCCACAGUCAUUGCAGGCCGAUGAUGCUCCAGCGUCAGCUACGGCAAAUCCCAGCACACCUCCUCAGCCGACAGCUGAGCCUGAAUUCGGUCUGCCUGGAGCACCUCUCCGGCCACUGAGCAGCACAAGAAACAGGUCAUGCCAGUUGGCCUGUAAGCCCAGCUGA